AUGGUAAUGACAUCUAGGCUGCGUCAAAAAACUAUUGUUUACAAAAUAAUAUUGAAAUUGAAUAGUAUUUUAAAGUACUGGUUAGAAAUGAUAAAUGUAUCAUCAAUACAAAAAAAUAACAAAAGCGAAUCACCUAAGACUCCUGGUGGUAUUAGUAAAUCUUUAUUAACCCCUUGUCGAAGGGUCGGACUUUCUCGUAAUUGGAGAAAAAGUGGUCCUUCGCCUUUUAUUUCUCCUUUAUCAGGUAGUGAAAGUAAUGUUGAACCAAAACAAGAACAAAGCACAAAAAAGAGAAAGUUUCCCGCAGAGGAGGAAUCGUUGCAAGAGGAUCCUAAUGUGGAAUGUAUAGACGCUCAUACGUCCUGUAAUACACCACGCAACAAUGUUAUUAAUAGAAGUCGUAAUUUUUUACCAAGAAAAAAAUCUAAAACUUUAUUACUAGCAAAGGAAUGUGAAGAGGAAAAUGAAAAUGUUCCUCAAAUAUCAGAUAUAACAAACGAUGAAAGAGUUGAUUCUGUAAAACUCGAAGUUGAGCCAGAUUCUCCCAAAAAUAUAAAGGUAUCAAAACUAUCUAGGACAAUUUCUAAAAAUAAAUUAAAGGUACUUAAUUGUAAAUCUAAUAACACAGAGGCUGCAGUAGAAAUAAAUAAUAGUCAAAAUACCAAAGUGGAAUAUAAGCAGAAAAGUCCAGAUAAUUUAGCUAAAGAGUGUAUUGUUGUUAUUCAAAAGAAACUAUUUAAAUCGUCUAUUGACAAGAUAGAUACUUGUGAUAAAUUGAAACCAGUUGAAAAUAACUCUAGAACACAAGUUUUAUUUGAUUCUGAUUCGGACGACACACCUUUGAUUAAUUUAAAUAAGGAACAAAAUCAAACAUCAAUACUGACAAAUGAUGAUGACGAUGAAUUUCAAGAAAAUAAAAAAACAGUUAAAAAAUUGCAACACAAAACAACAUCAACAACUGAAUUAAAAACUAAUAGUAAAGUCAAAUCAAAAUCUAAAACAACUAAAAAUAAAAAUAAGCCGAAGGAGGUAGAAUAUCUUGUACAGUCAUCACAACAGUCAAAUGAUUUUGAUGACGAUGAUUUUGUAAGUGAUAAGAGAACGAUACUGAUUAAAAAAUCAUAUGAUAAGAUCACAAAACCUUCUAAAUCAAAGUCUACAGGAUCAAUCACACAAAAAGAUAUUGAUGAAUUAAAAGGGAGAAUAGAAAUGAAGAAAAAUUUACUCUUAGCAAAAGCAAUGACUAAUGAAACGGAUGAAUUAAGAAGUUUAAUUAAAAAAUGGCAAAAGGGAUGUCAGAAUGCUUUAACAGAGCUUCUGGAAUUAAUGAAAACGAAGAUGCCUGAUCGUCAAAAUAUGGACACCUCGGAGAUUUUACAGUUAUUAAAAAUUCCACCAGACUUAGUUGGUUAUGAUUCUGAAAACGAUAUCUUUAACACUCCUGAUGAUGCCAACAUUGUUCUAUCUGGAUUUAGUCUUAAAUAAUUUAUCUUUAUUUAAUAAUCUAAUUAGUUUCUAUUUCAACAUAAGGAUACACAAUUCCUGUUUUUCUAUAUUUUGUGCUUUAACAAUAUUAAAAGAUAUAUUUUUAUUGUGUUUUAAUAAAUUUUGAACUAAAUAUUCCAAAUGGAGGAGGAAAGAGGAUGUACUUUGGCAUUAUGAAGGCAAUCCUAUGCAAUAUAA